AUGUCUGGUUUCGGUGGUUAUGUGCCGACGUUCAAGGAACGCCAUCCGUUCGUUCAGCGUGUGAAGGAUGCGAAUGCGAUCAGACAGCGAGAGCCAAAUAAGAUCCCAGUUGUCGUGGAGCGUUUCGAAGGCGAAAAGUAUCUGCCAAUUUUAGAUCACUGUAAAUUUCUUGUCCCGGAACAUAUCACGUUGGGCGGUCUGAUGCAAAUCGUGCGGUGCCGCAUGCAUCUUCAUCCCGACCAGACACUGUUUCUUUUGGUGAAUGAGAAAUCAAUGGUAUCGAACGGCAUGACGAUGCUUGAGUUGUAUCAGCAAGAAGCGGACGAAGAUGGCUUCCUCUAUAUAGUUUACACGAGUCAGCCGGCAUUUGGUUAG